AUGCCGAGCAAACGAAUCGACGUGUGCGACCUGUCAGGGGACCUGAUCACGUGCUGGUUCUUGCAGGGCAUUAAACACAGUAAGCCCUCAACGCGCACUGUCACGCUCGCGGACGUCCUCCACUGCGUUCCUGGGAUCGUCCGGCGCGUGGAAAAGGAGGAUUGCAUGAGCCUGCUGAGGACGGCGCGGGGCGUGCGGAACGCUGUGCUGCGGCAGCGUCCUGCUACUCUGGAGGUGACCGUCAACUCGCUGCGGGCUCUGGAGCGCCGCGCAACCCAGCUCGGGAACCUGACGGUAACUUGCCAAGGCAUCAGCGUGCCGGUCGGCGACGCCAGCAGGCUUUUGCGCGCGCUUGAGGGCUGCAACUACAACAAUACGACGUCGACUCCUAGUGGGAGCCCCGCGGAUCACGUGCGGGCGGUGCGGAGCCUGCUGGAGUCUUCGAUUCGGGACUCGUCCACGCCACUGCAUUUGGUCGGCCUGCACAUCAACGCCCCGCUGCCCGAAGUGAACGCCCCUCGGAACCUCGCCUCAGCGCAACUUUCCGAGCUGAUGAACGAGGUUGCCGCGCUUCGGCAGGUUGUGCGGCUGACGGAGAAGGCUGACGUCCUCCGCAUGACGAGCGCUCUGAGGGCGCAUCACGGCACGCUGGAGGAGCUGGACGUGACGGGCGCUGCUAACCUCAACAGUGACUACUUGCUGCCGGCGCCGGCGGUGGUCUCUGCGUGGGGCGACCUGUGGAGGUGGAUCGGGCGCGCCCGCAACCUGCGCGUGCUGCGGCUGGCACAGUCCGACAUGACGCCCAACUUCGUCGACAACCCGUCGUUCCAGAAACGCAUGGUGGACGCACUGCUGGCCUGCGAGCAGCUGGAGGUGCUGGAGCUGCAGUGCGACGUGCUGCGCGAGGCCGUGAUCGAUCGGAUCAUGCCGCGGCUCGUCACGCUGAGGGAGCUGCGGCUGCGGUCGUGUGGCAUCAAUGCCGCAAUCGCACAGAUGAUGGCAACCGGGCUGGCCGAGGCGAGGGGCGGGGCGCUGCAGGUCCUGGACCUCAGCAACGCGUUUGGGCUCGGUGCGGGAUUUUGGUGCUGGAACGAGUUCAACCUCGCCGCGGCACUGCCCAGCCUCGCGCGCCUGCUGCAGUGUGGGCGGCUGGAAGACCUGCACAUGUCGUGCGUCGGGCUGACGGACGGCGGCGCGUCGAGCCUGGCGGAGGCCAUCGAGGACGAGAGCUGCAAGCUGCGCGUGCUCGACGUGUCUUUCAACAAACUGAGGGAAGAGGUUGCUGCCCUGGGCGCUGCGAUCGGCGCGAGCAGGACGCUGGAGGUGGUGAACCUGGACGGGAACUUGAUCGACGACGAGGGCAUGAGCGCCAUCGGCCGCGGGCUGCGGCUCAGCAAGACCAUCCGCGAGCUGUCCUUGUGCGGGCGUUCCAGUGACACGCUCAGCGGACCGUGGACCGAGGGCGCCCGGUCGCUCGGGGGGGGGCUGCGUCGCACGCGCUCGCUGCGCGUGCUGCGCGUCGACUACUACAGCUUCCAACCGGCGGACUACGCGGCGAUCCUCGACGGGCUUGCAGCGAACUCGUCGGUGGAGGUGAUGUCCAUGUUCAGCCGGGUGGGCAACAGGGUGGACUACCGCGUUGCGAGGAAGGUCGCCGACAUGCUGCGGCGGAACAGGACGCUGCGGGAUCUCAACAUGCAGUGGAAGAACGUAACCAAGCGCGGUCUGGCCGCCAUCGGCAGGGCGCUUCGGUCGGGCAAUGAGACGCUGCAGUACCUCAGCGCGGACCGCGACGAAGACGGGCGGUGCGCGCUCAGGCAGCUCGCGGUCGAGAACUCCAAGGUUGUCGCCUCGGAGUCAAGGUCCCCGCCCAGCCGCUGGGGUGCUGUUGGAAUCGUCUCGCUUUACGUGUUGGCGUUCUUUGCGUUCGGAAGAGUGGAGAAGGACAAAGACACCCCAGCCCCUGUCAAGACCUUCAGCCUCGUCACCGCUGCGACGGCGGCUGGCAUGGUUGGGAUCGAUGCAGGCCUGACUUUUUUGGAGGGUUCUGUCAUCAUCGCGAUGAUCAGGGGCCUGAUGACGGGGAACAAUGGCCCGGCCGGGAGGGCGACGAGGUAG